GUCUUUAGCGGUACAACAAAACUGCAAAACAGUCAAUAAUAAAUACGACAAAACAGACAUUAUCUGUGCAAAAUUAACAUAUCACUUACUUCUUUUUUUUUAAUCAAAGACAUUUAUUGUGUUUAAGUGUGUGUGUACUAAGAUCAGUAAUCUAAUUGACGUCUUGUUUAAAUUGAAUUUUUGUGGCAUUUGAAAUUUUGUGUGUGCUUGGUGCUGAUUUUUUUUGAUUAAACAAUUUGGUUUUUGAACAACUGUAAACGUUGGACAUUUAUUGCGGUAUAUCGAAUAAAAUUUCGAUUGUGUGAAUUAAUUAAGCAGCAGCAGCAGCAGCAGCAGUCGCAUCAACAUUUGAGUGGAGGCGCAACUGUUUGGAUUGUUCGUACGGCAUUGUAAAAAUGAAGAAACUCAAUGAAAUUGGUUAAGUUAAACCAGUAAACGAUGUGAAUAGAUUUCUACAACUGAGAAGAAAUAAAACACCAGAAACUAUAAAGAAGAAUACAACGGCUAAAGUUCAAGGAGUUAAAAUUCAAUUGUCAGAUCAAUUAAGCAGGAGAUAAUCAAAGGAAUCCAUUUACUUUUUGAAAUUCAAAUAAACAUAUAAGAUGCAACAUUAUUGGCACAUUCAAUUCUUUAUCAUUUUCGCUAUUAAAUACACCGCAUUUGCGGCUUUAGAGCCAAAAUUGGCUGGCAAAUAUUCACACGACGUUGAUUCGGGUCAUUUAUUUGUGCCGCGUCGAGUACAUCACAAUGGCACACAUUUAUCAUACAAUGUAACCCAUUUCCAUGGUUAUGAUAACGUCAAUGAAAUCAACAGUGAACAUCCAGCUCUUCACUAUCAUAUCGACUUGCACGAUCAUACAUUGCAUGUCGAACUUAAGCCAUCUGUUGAUUUUAUUGCUCCCUCAUUGGUGGUGGAACGACAUCGACGCGAUACUCGUUCUCGUACAAAGUACAAUCACCACAAUCGGCGAUGCCAUUUUCAAGGUCAAGUUCGAGAUGAUCACGAGUCCAGUGUUGCACUAUCCACAUGUAAUGGCAUCAGUGGAAUGAUGCGAACGAAACGAGGUGAUUAUUACAUCGAACCAUCGAAACAUCAUCAAGUUAACGAUGCAGGCCAUCAUCCACAUAUAAUCUUUCAGCGAUCGGCUAUAAAACAACAAACAAAACAGCAGCAGCAGCAGAACAGUGUUGACAGUGAUAUUAAAGAUAAAAAUAGCAGUAGUGAGGAGAAUAGUAUAUUAAAUAACAAGGAAUAUAAUUUAAGAAAACGAAGAAAGCGCCGAAAAGGUCAUCUAAAAAAGCAUGAAGCCAGCAACUGUGGAACAAAGGAACCAAAACGACCCAGUGAAACACAUAUCGAAUGGCAACCACAAGGCAAAGUGAUUGUUCAAAAUAGUCGCAAAAUUCGGCAUCGUUUGCGAAAAAAAUUCUUUAAAGAUCUUGAUAGACAGCAACAACGUUUGCGUAAGAGAAAACAACGAUUGCAUCGUGCAAAAAAAAUGGAACAAAUAUUGAAUCGAAAGAAGAAAAAUCACACGGACGAAGAAGAUGAUGAUGUCAUCAAUUAUCAUGUACAAACACGCAAUAAACGAUCAAUUAGCAGUCCUCGUCAUGUAGAAGCAUUGCUUGUGGCCGAUCCAACAAUGGUUUCGUUCCAUAACGAUGGUGACAAUGUUGAAACGUAUUUGUUGACCAUUAUGAAUAUGGUUUCGUCAUUGUACAAAGAUCCGGCGAUUGGAAAUUUAAUUAAAGUGGUCGUCAUUCGUAUUGUUUUGUUGGAGGAAGAGGAGGCUCAUCCCGAUUUCAAUGUUACUCAUGCGGCUGAAGGAAAUUUACGAAAUUUCUGCCGAUGGCAACGUUUAGAAAAUCCAAAAGAUGACAGCGAUCCAAGUCAUCAUGAUGUGGCCAUAUUAAUAACGCGCAAAGAUAUUUGCUCGUCAGACGGAUGCACAACGCUUGGAGUUGCAAACGUUGGUGGAAUGUGUAGGCCAGAUCGUUCAUGUAGCGUCAAUGAAGACAAUGGAAUCACAUUAGCGCACACGAUUACACAUGAACUUGGUCAUAACUUUGGAAUGUAUCAUGAUACGGAAAAAACUGGAUGUGACCCGAGGGCUGGCUCCAUCGUACAUGUGAUGACACCAAGCUUCGAAGCCGAUACCAUACAAGUCAGUUGGUCGAAUUGUAGCCGAAAAUAUAUUACACACUUUUUGGAUCAAGGGCUUGGAGAUUGCUUAGACGAUUCACCACCUGAAAUGGAUGUUUUAAUGUAUCCCGAUUUACCGCCGGGUGCAAUGUACAAUGCCGAUCUUCAAUGUCGUCUACAAUUCAAUACAACUGAUGAAUCGGUGAAAGUUUGUUCAAAAAUGAACGAGAUUUGCUCUCAACUCUGGUGCUUGGUAAACGAUGAAUGUGUUACACAACUGCGACCUGCAGCGCCCGGUACGAAUUGUGGAAAGCAUAAGUGGUGUCAAAAUCAACAAUGCGUUCCGAUCGAAGAUCAACCCCCGCCAAUUGAUGGCCAGUGGGGAAAUUGGACUGAAUAUAGUAAAUGCUCACGCCACUGUGGCGGAGGUGUUUCAAUGGCUAGUCGUGAUUGUGAUAAUCCAAAACCAGAAAAUGGAGGCGCAUUUUGUGUAGGAGAACGCAUUCGCUACAAAGUAUGUAACUCUCAUGAAUGCCCCCCGGACGAACCAAGCUUUAGAGCACAGCAAUGCUCGACAUUUAAUAAUGAAACUUACAGAGAGAAAAAAUAUGAAUGGUUGCCAUAUUUUGAUAGCCAUGAUCCAUGCGAACUUUACUGCACUGAUUCUGAGGAUCAGAUAAUCGUGCCUUGGGGUGACAAUGCAGCUGAUGGAACGCCAUGUGGAACGAAUUUUGGGACUAAGGACAUGUGCAUAUCUGGAAUUUGUCGAAAAGUGGGUUGUGAUUGGGUUGUUGAUUCGAAUACAACGGAGGAUCAAUGUGGCAUUUGUGGUGGAAGUGGCGAAACAUGUACCACAAUCAAAGGCGAAUUCAAUAAGAAAAUGAAUGUAACCGAUGAUUAUUUUGAGAUCACAACAAUUCCGAGCGGUUCACGUCAGGUUUUGAUCGAAGAAAUUCAUCCGUCAAAGAAUUAUUUAAGCAUUGGACGAGCUGACAGCAAUCAAACAUUUUUGAAUGGAGAUCGUUUGAUUUUGAUGCCAGGUGAAUUUGCCAUUGAUAAUGUGAUAAAAGGAUUGUACGAGCGAGACAAUGAACAAGAGAAGAUUAAAAUACCAGGACCAAUUCCGUUCGAUAUGGCUGUUCGGGUAUUGGUUCGUGGAAAAAGUAAAAAUCCCGGCGUAAGGUACGAAUACACUCUGACAUCAAACGAUACAAAGGAUCCAGUUUAUCAGUGGAAAUUGGGCGAUUGGAAUGCAUGCUCAGCCACAUGUGAUGGCGGCAUUCAAAAUCGUGUGCCAGUUUGUUUCGAAAGUGUGAAAAGCCAAAUUGUCGAUGAGGAAUUCUGCUGGACAAGUGCUGACAAUGAUAUACCAAAUAAAAAAGUUCGCGUUUGCAAUGAUGUUCCGUGUCCAGCGCACUGGUGGGUGGGCCCAUGGCAACUUUGCCCGGUUACGUGUCGAAAACAUGGCCAACCACAUCCAGUGAAGCGACGUACAAUCAUGUGUGUUGAUUACAAAGAAAAUGCCUUAUCUGAUAGUAGCUGCAAUAACAUUGAAGAGCGACCAUCCGAAACCGAAUUGUGUGACAUCCAUUUACCGUAUUGCAACAGCGGCGAAGAAGACAACAAUGAAAAUAGCAAUAUGAUUUAAUAAUUUUAUGCGAGUUUCCAUGUGCCUAGCAUUCAGUUAAUCAAUAAACAAAAAAUUCGCACUGUACGACAGACAUUUAGAGAAAGUAUAUCAAAAAUUUACAUACUAUAUUUAUGCAUUCAAUUUUAAGAAGGAAGAAAACAGAAGUAUUGUUAUUAAUCAUUUCAAAAUGUAUUUGUAUUGUUUGUUUUUUCUCUUUGUGUACAAAUUGAUUGGAAAAAAUAUUCUCAAACUAACUACAUUUAAAUGUUAUAUUAACAUUAGUCUCUGAUUUUAAUUUUCUUCC